CAACAACAACCCGUCUCGACCACAGAGCCUAUCGUCUCUCGUCUCUCCGAGAGAUGAGAGCAGGGGUCAGGAGGCGGUGAAGGAACUGGAGAAGGAAAAUCUCCACCCCAAGUUCCACCCGCUGGACGUCAGUGACCACGAGAGUGUGGUCAAGCUCAGAGACUUCCUCCAGAGACAGUACCAGGGACUAGACGUGCUGGUCAACAACGCCGGGAUAGCGUACCAGAAAGAUGCUGGCUUCAGUUUCGCGGAGGAGGUCGAGGGCACGUGCAAGGUCAACUUUUUCGCCCCCCUGGACGUGUGUACCGUGUUGUCUCCCCUGCUCCGGCCACACGCCAGAGUGGUCAACGUGUCCAGCAUGGCUAGCCAGGUGUGCCUGACUCGAUGUUCCGAAUCCCUGCAGAACCGGUUCACGGACCCAGCCCUCAGCAUGGAUGAACUGGUCGCUCUCAUGAACUCUUUUGUGCA